UAGGCUGAAAUUUAAGGUAGACUUCUCUCUUACAUUACAUUUUAGUCAUUUACAUAACAAUCUUUCUCUUUCUCUUUUUCUUUUUCUUUCUUAUUCUCAUCAAAAAAAUCCGGACUUCAUCUUAGAUUCUUAGGUAUUUUGAUCUUUGAUUGAGAAAAUUAUGGCUUUGGUAUCAGAGGAAACUACUACCAUCUGCAAUCACUGUGAUAGAGCUAUUCCUUCUGCAAAUAUCGAUUUGCAUAAUGUCCAUUGCGCCAGAAAUCUUGAGAAAUGCAAAAUUUGUGGGGAUAUGAUCCCAAGAAAGCAUGCUGAGGAACAUUAUCUUAAUACCCAUGCUCCUGUAGCUUGUUCUUUAUGCAGGGAAACGAUGGAGCGUGACGUUUUGGAUAUACAUAAAGGAGAGAACUGUCCACAAAGGAUUGUAACAUGUGAAUACUGUGAAUUUCCUUUGCCAGCCAUUGAUCUGUCGGAACACCAGGAUGUAUGUGGGAAUCGAACAGAACAUUGCCAUCGCUGUUCUAGAUAUAUUAGGCUACGUGAUCGCUAUGUCCAUGAAAUAACCUGCAAUGAUGCUGUCGAAGCUGCUGUGGGCUCGUCUUGGGAUUCGAGUCUGCCUCCUUUGGCGGAGAGCGAGCCACGACCACGAAGAAGAGAUCCACCGACGUUCCCAAAAGGACACCUGUUAAUUACGAUUGCAAUUACUGGGAUUGCGUUUUUUUUAGGAUCGUUUUUCUACCAGAGGAAAUCUGAGAGCAGUCCAGGGAGCUAGGAGCACGGAUAAGCCCACAGGCCACAAGUCGCUUUCGCACCUUCUGUUAAUUUGAUGUUUUGGAUUGUGUAUAAUUAUAACCUCAACAAUCCACUCAAGUCAGAUAUAUCUAAAAAUUCCAGGCCUUGAAGAUUUUUAUAUCUGGUUGAGCAACUGACAUUUUUUUAAAUUAUAUGGUAGGCUAAGAAGAGGUGAGGAAAGAGGGCUAGACGAGAAUUGAACUGAAGACUUUGAUAUGGAGAAAGCGAUAUUUGUUGCAACUGAGAAGAAAUACGAUCCUCAGUUGAGCAAUGACGAAAACUUAGAUCGUGUCUGCGUUUUAUUGUUGUGUGGUUUAAGUGCUUAGUACAUAUGAAUGAUGAAAUUAUCCUAAGCUAAUAAUAAUACUCCAUCUGAACCAAUUUAGUUGUCA